CAAUUAGCUACGUCAUUGUUCACCGCCGGACACCCGCUGGAAAUAAGGAAUGGAUUUACAACCACUAUUAACGUAUUCAUAACAGAUUCCAGCAAUGAACAAUGACCAUAGUUGACAGAUCUUCAGAAAAGUCUGACCACGAGUCAGUCGGGUGUAAGCGAUCUCCCUUCACCAGUGGAGACGUGGGGAUGGACGGGAGCUGUUCCAGCAGCUGGGCUAUGGGUCCGACCGUGUCCAGCGACUCUCCGCGGCUGAAGGCUGCAGGAGGCUGUCUGGGCCCGACGCCUGGAGCUGCAGUCUACAACAGCACGCCCUCCUCUGUGGACCGGUCCAAGGAGCAAGUGGUGAGCGGUGGUGAUGGCAUUGACUCGCCCCAGAAGGUCCUCUUUCCUCCAGAGCGACUCAACCUAAAGUGGACUCAGGUUCACCGCAUUGGGGCAGGCCUGCAGAACAUGGGGAACACCUGCUUUCUCAACUCGGCCCUGCAGUGUCUCACCUACACUCCUCCAUUUGCCAACUAUUUGCUGACACGGGAGCACUCCAAAACAUGUCACGAGCCGGGUUUCUGUAUGAUGUGCACCAUGCAAAACCACAUCAUUCAGGUCUUUACAAACUCUGGAAAUGUCAUUAAGCCCAUUGGUGUGCUCAAUGAGCUCAAAAGGAUUGCAAAGCACUUCCGCUAUGGAAGCCAGGAGGAUGCCCAUGAGUUCCUGCGGUACACAGUGGAUGCUAUGCAAAAGUCCUGCUUACCUGGAACCAAAUUGGACCGGCAAACGCAGGCAACCACUUACAUUCAUCAAGUGUUUGGCGGCUACCUCCGGUCCAGAGUUAAAUGUUUAAACUGCAAAGCAGUCUCUGAUACAUUUGACCCUUUUCUAGAUAUAACUCUGGAAAUUAAGACGACUCCCAGUGUCUCCAAGUCUCUGGAGCAGUUUGUCAAGCCGGAGCAACUGGAUGGAGAAAACGCCUACAAAUGCACCAAGUGUAAAAAAAUGGUCACAGCCUCGAAGAGAUUUACCAUCCACCGCAGCUCAAACGUGCUCACCUUCUCACUCAAACGCUUCGCAAACUUCAGCGGAGGCAAAAUCACAAAGGAUGUCAAAUAUCCAGAGUACCUGGACCUGCGGCCCUUUAUGUCUCAGGCCCAAGGGGAGCCGCAGGUCUACGGGCUGUACGCUGUGCUGGUCCACUCUGGAUUCAGCUGUCAUGCUGGACACUACUUCUGCUAUAUUAAGGCGAGCAACGGCCAGUGGUUCCAGAUGAACGACUCCUCCGUGUCGGUCAGUGACCUCCGGUCUGUCCUCAACCAGCAGGCCUACGUCCUCUUCUACAUCAAGUCCAGUGAUGGGAAGAAAGCCGGUGACUACAGCCACAUGAGCCAUAACCCAAGCAUCCCCGGUCAGUCAUCUCCACGACCGGUGGUGAUACCACGCAUCAACACCACCGUCCACCCCCACAACAACAACAGUGGCUUCAUAGGUCCACAGCUGCCACCACACAUGACCAAGCGCAAUCUCCACGUUAAUGGGAAUGGAUCUCUACGGGACUAUCCCAGCAACUCCAAGCCCAGCACCAGCAGCAGUGUGGCGGACAAACCUAGCCAUGGACUGGCCUCUGCCUCUUCCUCUUCGUCCGUUUCCCACUCCAUCAGUCGACCCACGAUGAUCCCAGACCAGGACAAGCGGCAGAAGCUUUCCUUCUUCAUCGGACAAGGCAAACCCAACCGCCCGUCCUCCUCCUGCUCUUACAGCCAGCCGUCCUCUGCCAGCAGCUCCUCCUCGUCCUCCUCCUCCAGCUCGUUAUCCUCGUCACAGUCUACCUCAGACGUUCGCUUUGUUCCACGGCAGCUUAACCUCGGUAACGGCAUGUCUCGCAGUAACGGGGCUCACCACGCCGGAGGCAAUGGAGCGUCGUUCUUGGUGCCGUACGGCCAAGAGUCUUCGGAGGAGUCGGACCAGGAGAACUGUGGCACUUUGGAGAAAGGCUUUCUGGCCACGUCUCACUUUAAUGGGAACAAGAGAACGGGAGAAGUCUUUGAUCAUUCGACUCAAGCCACCAACGGGCAGCUGGGAGCGCUCCACAACGGUAACGGAAUAAACAGACCAACCAACGGUCUCUCUGCACCCAGUCAGAACGGGCACCAUUACGAACACCACAAAGUGAACGGACACAGCACCCCUGAUAAAGUCUCUGGCAGUAAUCAUGGAAGUUCAUCCUCUGUGGCGACUGCUGCUGCUAACGGACUCGACAGUGACCACAGUCUCACAAGCAAAGAGGCACCCGGCUCCGCCUCCCCCCAGGCCACUUCCUCCCAGAGCAUCCACCCUGCUGCCGGUGAAAGCCAGACGCUCUCCACUCCUGACACGAGGGCUACGAAUGUGUCCGAGCCGCUCCCUCCGCAUACGGCAUCCUCCGCCGUCGGCUCUCCGCCCUCCGCCGCUGCGACGAAGACCACCUCUGUCUCGUCGAAGGAAUCCGCUUCCUCUUCCGCUCGGCAUCGCAGCCCCACCGCCUUAUCCAUCCCGCCGGGCCGCUCCCCAAACACCAACGGGGCCUCCGCAGCGCCAGAGAACGUCGGCAGAGGCGUGGAGGAAGCGAGAGAUGCGCCACAGAGCGGCGAGCUGUCGGCAGAGACCGGAGGACGCACAGAGGCUCCGGAGCAACACCAGCCGAAGCCCAGUUCUAGAGGCAAUGAAGUCCACACGCACCCAGACGGGGAGCGAGACCGACUGCACUCUGACUGCAGCAGAGAGCGAGAGCGACACUACAGGGACAGGAGUCACGAGCGGGAGAGUGUGGGUGAUCGGCACCGUCACAGACGGGACUCCAGAGACGACCACCAGCACCACCAGCGCCCGCACAAGGACCGCUUUCCCCCCGCCAGUCACUCCUCCAGGGACUGGGAGCCUGAGCAUCGCUGGGAGCGGACGACCCACCACCCUCGGGAGCGUGAUCGCGACAGGUGCUCGAACCAUUACCACCACUACCACGACCGCCGCUACAGAGAUGACAGGGACGAGCGGAGGGGGGGCGGUUACCCCUACGGCGAGAAGUCCCACGGCCGAGAGAGGUGGCGGCAAGACGGUCGGGAACCGCGGGCGCUGAAGGACAAGAGCAACGGCCGGGAGAGGGAUUAUCAUCCGUCGAAAGAAGAUCCCUCCUCGCCCGCCACGGACACCUCCACGAAGUCCAAGGGCUCGUCCCCUCGGGCCCGUCUCUCCUCGUUCGAGUCGGAUCAGAACCACAAAAGGACGAACGAUCCUCUGAGCAAGGAGAGGGACGACAGCUCUGAGGUCCGCCGCUCUCGAAAACACAAAAAGAGCAAAAAGAAGAAGAAGUCAAAGGACAGGCACCGGGAGAGCGGAAGCGCCGAAGUGGAUUCGGACGGAGCCAACGAUUCAAAGAAGAAAAAGAGGAGGCAGCGGAGCCCCGGAGCAGCGAGGAGCCACAAGAGCAGCGAGGAGAAGGAGAGCCGCAAGCGUCGCUACGACGACGACAAGGAGGAGAAACGCGACGGCGCUUCUUCGUCGCCGGAGAAGCGGCGGCGCUCGGACUACGCCGACGGCAGCAGAGAACACCUCCUCCCCUCCAGCCACACCUCCCCCACACACGGGUCCACCCACCACCAUCUCAACGGAUACAAAGGGAACGGUUACGGCCACAUCAAUGGUGACUCCCAUGGAUUCUCCAGUGGCUUGAAACACUGACUCUGAGUGGCCGCCACGUCUCAUGAUUACCACAGUCUGCUCACCAUCGGUACACAGUGGGAACUCUUAUCGUAGGUGCAAAUAUUUACGCUCCUCGCUAUGCAAACGGAUUGUUUGGAGGCCUCUUCUUUCCCAUUUCAGACGCGUGAACACCAUAUUAGCAGCAGAGGAAUGACAUCAAAGACUUUUUGUUGUUGUUGACGUGGCGCUUCUUUCCUUGGGAGCAUAUUGUAUUUUCACCACGACAAAAAGUGUUUUUAACUGUUCAGAAUUUUUAUUUUUAUUUUUUACGGCAGAUUUAUUUGCCGUAUUUCUAACUAUUGGAAGGGGGAGAAGAAGAAGAACAAAAACUGUCACCCGAUGAAAAAUAUUAAUAUAUAUACUUGUAUGAACACAAACAAAAUCCUGGAGCUUAUUAAUUAACAUGUCGACUGCUGCUCAGAGGAUCUCAGGACUUAAACUUGUCAACAUCCAUCGCGGAUAUCCACCUGCUUCGAAGGAACUAAAGGGAAGCGCGAGAAGAGCGUUAACGAUGUCACCAUACCCACACUGCAAUGUCCCACUUUAUUUCUUUUUUAAUCCCACUGGGAGCGAACACGUUGAUGGAGGGAGACGUCAACGAAGGAGGCUUCGCUGACUGAUCCCUCCUCGUUACCAUGGACACACCUGAGGACUUCCCCCAGCUUUUUAGUUUUUAAUUUGGUUUCUAUUGUUGCUCUGAAGCCUAAGAUUCACCCUGUAAUUGUUUUGUUUUUUACUUUUUCACAGAUGCAGGUUUUUCUUUCUCCUCUCUGAAUCAUGCCUCUCACAUUCUUUUUAUUUUCUUUUUAAACAUUUAAAAACGAAACAAACAAAAAAAGCACCGGUGUGUUUAUCAUGGCCGUGGACCAUUUGUGUUUUUGCUUCUUUUAAAAAAAAAUGAAAAAUACAGUUUUGUCUUCUAGCGUCAUCAAAAUACUGUGAAUUUAAUUUUCAACUGUACUAUCAGUUACUUUUUAUACGUAACAAUCCUGUAUCAGGGUUAUCAUUCGAUGUUUUGCUUUUGUUUUUAAAAACAUUCAUGUUCAAUUUGACCAUAUUCUUUGGACUAAAGUUGGGAAUGAGUCUGGCUUUCACUUUUCCCCCCAACUUUAGACCCUUUUUUUAGUUUAGCAUGUCAGAAUUUAUACAUUGUAUAAGGUAAAAAAAAAAAGCCUUAAAAUACAUUUGUUAAUAUCGGAAAUUGUACAUUGUUCUCGGUCUUUGACUUUGUUUACAAGCUGUGUUGAAGUGAAUGAAACGUGUUGAUUGAGAUGACUGACGAGUUGUCAGGGAUUUUUGAAAAGCUCCUGUCUGCCUUUUGUAUAAUAUAUUAGGAAAUAGA